UGUCCUGAAUGUGGAAAGUGUUUUAGUGAGAAAUCAAGUCUUAUUAAACAUCAGAGAAUUCACACAGGAGAUAAGCCAUUUUCAUGUGCUGAAUGUGGGAAGUGUUUUAGUCACAAAUCAACUUGUGAUGUACAUCUGAGAACUCACACAGGAGAGAAGGCAUUUCCAUGUCCUGAAUGUGGAAAGUUUUUUAGUGUGAAAUCAAAUCUUAUUAAACAUCAGAGAACUCACACAGGAGAGAGGCCAUUUUCAUGUCCUGAAUGUGGAAAGUGUUUUAGCUACAAAUCAUAUCUUGAUAAACAUCUGACAUCUCACACAGGAGAGAAGCCGUUUUCAUGUCCUGAAUGUGGAAAGUCUUUUAGUGAGAAAUCAAGUCUUAUUACUCAUCAGAGAACUCACACAGGAGAGAAGCCAUUUUCAUGUCCUGAAUGUGGAAAGUGUUUUAGUGAGAAAUCAAAUCUUAUUACUCAUCAGAGAACUCACACAGGAGAGAAGCCAUUUUCAUGUCCUGAAUGUGGAAAGUGUUUUAGUGAGAAAUCAAGUCUUAUUAAACAUCAGAGAAUUCACACAGGAGAUAAGCCAUUUUCAUGUCCUGAAUGUGGAAAGUGUUUUAGUGACAAAUCAAGUCUUAAUAAACAUCAGAGAAUUCACACAGGAGAUAAGCCAUUUUCAUGUCCUGAAUGUGGGAAGUGUUUUAGUCACAAAUCAACUUGUAAUAUACAUCUGAGAACUCACACAGGA